AUGUCGACACCAUCGUUCCCAUCACACCCACAAAUAGUUGACGGAUGGUUCAAGGAGAAGCCAUUGUUAUGGCCUGGUCAAGCCAUGUGCCUGGAAAUUGAAGAAGUUCUCCAUAUGGAAAAAUCAGAGCUACAAGAUAUUCUAAUCUUCAAAUCCAAGACAUACGGUGUAGUUUUUGCUCUCGAUGGUGUUGUUCAAUGUACUGAGCGUGAUGAAUUUGCCUAUCAAGAAAUGAUAGCUCAUCUCCCGCUCAAUUGCCAUCCUGAUCCUCGAAAAGUACUUGUUAUUGGUGGUGGAGACGGUGGUGUAUUAAGAGAGAUUGUCAAACAUGAGAGCGUAGAAGAGGUUAUCUUGUGUGAAAUUGAUGAGGCCGUUAUUCGAGUAGCAAAACAGUACUUGCCGAAUAUGGCGGUUGGAUUUGAUCAUCCCAAAGUCAAAGUCAUUAUUCGAGACGGAUUUGAAUACCUAAAAGAGAAGCCCGAAAGUUUUGAUGCCAUAAUUGUCGAUACAUCGGAUCCUAUUGGCCCCGCGGAAUCUUUAUUUCAGAAAGACUUUUUCAAGUUGGUACGAGACGCACUUCGACCGGGUGGCCUUAUGAGCAUUCAAGCCGAAUGUCAAUGGCUUCAUUUGUCAUUCAUCAAGGAAAUUCAUCUAUACUGUCUUGAGGUCUUUCCCGUGGUCGAAUACGCUUACACAACAAUCCCUACGUAUCCCUCUGGUCAGAUAGGGAUUUUUGUGUGUUGUAAGGAAGAAGAACGUAAUCUGCGUAAGCCAUUGAGAAGGUGGACCCCCGAGCAGGAAGAUAAAUUGUGCAAAUACUACAAUGCUGAAAUACACGAGGCAUCCUUUAUUUUACCGACUUUCACGCGGAGUUUUAUUAGUCAAUACAAACCAUCAAAAUAG